AAUAAGCCUCUCUAAACGAGCUUUGUGGCCAAACACGAGCGUGUAAUGUUUUUCGUGUAAAGACAGUGGAUUUCUCGUUAAACACAAAUGCAAAUACAAUUUAAAAAAUGAUAUCAUAAGUUUUAUUUCUAUCGCUAAACAGCAACUCUUUAAAGUGUGCUCACGGUCACCCAUUUUCAAUGGCCACCAUUGACGUCACGCAAUGGUCUCUGUGCAGCUAAUCCACCAGGCGUCUGUUUGUUACACCUACAUAUCAGCACCAACACAGAGAGCACUGGGGUCUGCUUUCUAACAGUCAGCAACUGGAAAAGUAGUUUUAGUUAAAUUCGAUAUCUAUUUUAAUAGAAAAUUAGAGGAAAAGGAGGUAUUUAAGCGCAGGUACGCAUCUCAGUGGGAGACGGUGCUCCUCCUCGGCUAUAUACUGUAGACAGGGAAACGCCACAGUUAGCGAGCACAGGCUGCCAGAGGCUAGAAAGGAGCGCAGCAGGCAACACACAUCCAUCUUUAAGUCGCUUCAUACCAACCAAACGGAUUUCAGCCCAGGCACUGUCGAACCACCACUACCAGGAACAUGUCUGCCCCAGCUGCUGGUGGAGCUCCUGCACCAGAGGGAGGGAAUCAGCCUCCUAACCUCACCAGCAAUCGCCGUCUGCAGCAGACACAGGCACAAGUCGAUGAGGUGGUGGACAUCAUGCGUGUAAAUGUGGACAAGGUUCUGGAGCGUGAUCAGAAGCUGUCAGAACUGGAUGACAGGGCCGAUGCCUUGCAGGCUGGAGCAUCUCAGUUUGAGACCAGUGCUGCCAAGCUGAAGAAUAAAUACUGGUGGAAGAAUGCCAAGAUGAUGAUUAUCCUGGGUGUGAUAUGCGUGAUUGUCCUCAUCGUCAUUAUUGUGUACUUCAGCACCUAAGAAGAGUCUGUCCUACCCCAGUCUGAUCCCUAUUUACUUGCUACCAAAAAAAAAAAAAACUCAAAUUGAUGACAAAAUUAAAAGCAGAAAAUUAAUUUACUAUAUAUGUACCUCCUCAAAUUAGCCCCUGAUAUAACACCCCUGAUACCUUCAGAGCUUCGUGGCUUCCCCCAUGACCUCUGUUAAUAUAUGUCCUUUGUGUGUGUGUGUGUGUGUGUAUGUGUGUGGCCCUGUCUCCUUUCUGGGUCCUCUUGGCUUUUCUAACCUGCCUACUGAGAACCAAACACUGGUGACGAUGCAACAGAAAAGGAAACAACUAUUGGCAAUUAUUGUUACAUGACGUAUAUAUAUACAUAUACCGUAUAUAUAUAUGUAUAUAUAUAUAUACAGGUGUGUGUGUGUGUGUGUGUGUGACCUGUAGAGUUUUAUUCUGAUAUAUAUAUAUAUAUAUAGUGUUUUGUAGGUGUGUGCGUAUAUAUGUGUGUGUGCAUUUUGUAUUUUUUAUUUUUUGUAUUAAUUUACAUAUGCUUCAGCGUUAACUACUGCCUACUAAUCACAGUGUGCAUCGAGCAUGUUCUUGUCAGUCUGUUUCUGGCUUAACUCCUCUGUUUUGGUGUUUGUUGUUGGGUUUUGUUUGUUUUUUUUUGUUUUUUUUUUUGGCACAACGUAGUUCUCCAUUUAACUAACAGUGGUACAAGUUCAUGUUUUACCUGUGUUACUUGUGACACUGAGAAAGUUCAGACAAGAACCAGAGGACUACAACGUGUUAUUGGAAAGGCACAACGUUACAGAGAUUGGAUUUAUUUCAAAACAAACAAAGCUGCCAGCAACAUUCCUUACAGUUACUGCCUCGUGGCCUAGGGAUUCUACAGCUUGAUGCUUUCAAAGUCUAAAAGGGUCGUCAUAUUUUGUGGCUUUUCUGAGUGUAAGUGCUCAUUAAUAUGGAUCAAACGUAGAAAAUAAUGCAUGUCUUGUUCUCCUCACCCUCAGAACGUUUGACUGGAUCCUCCUUUUGUUUGGAAACAUCUGUAUUACCUCUGAUUUCAAGCCUCUUGAACACCACAGAUGCAGCUGUUCUGUCUCCCAGCAUGCGCCCUCUCCCCACCCCCAAAAUAAUAGUUUCUUCUAAUAAUUUUGAACUGCCAGAGCUCCGAUGGACCAAUGUCUGUAGAUGUUUUAUUCUUAAUUUAGAAAAUUACAUAGUGUCUUAUUUCGAAAACAUUCCUUCAUUGCAGUCUAGUGCAAAUGUUCUUACUGUAGCACAUGUAAGUGUAAGUAUCUUUAGGACAGUGUACAUGCGAUGAAAAUUGUGUUAGAAAAAUGUUGGUCUAGAUGGAGAAAAAAAAAAAGAUCCAGGAGUCAAAGCUUAGUCACUGUUAGGGUUACUAAUGGGCAGACAGAAUUAGACUGAUAGGCUGUCCGUAAUUUUACUAAUUAAUAAUUCUUUAAAGUCGGUCCUACACUUCUCAUCUGCAGUAUGCAGUGGAGAUGUCAGGUCGAAGUGUGGAUAUGUGCUUAGGGAACAGUUCUAAAGCCAGGGGUUCCAUCUGCAUAGACAGUUAAUAACUUCCAUGAAAUUAAGGGUAUAUUAUCAGCUGUGUUGACAUUGUAGAGCCUUAGUCUCCGGUAUCUUUUGCAGAGUACGCGCACUGAAACACACCACACUCCACCAUAACUAGUUCAUACCAGAGAGGGGACAUUCUACCAGGCAAGAUUCUUCCUCAGACAAAUCUCUCCGCUUAAAAAAAAAAAAAAGCACAUUAUAUAUAUAAAAAAAAAAUGCUUCAGCCUAUCUUAAAGAAAACACUGAACACACUGUAUGAGCUGUAGUGUCACUACUUAGGGAAACAAAAGAUUGAGUAGCAUUUCUAAAAGAAGUUUUUUUUUUUUUUUUUUUUGCUACUGCAGCCAUUCUGUCUUAGUGUUUCUCCCUAUACUGUAGUUGGGGCUUUUUUCUUUUUAUAUUUGAUAUAAUAGAUUCUAUUUUUUAUUAUAAUAUUUUUUGUAAAACAGGUUAGUGAAGAGGUAGCAUAAAAUCAAGCCACACUAAGCUCCUCUUGACCUCUGUCUAAUGUUUUUGUAAUUUAGCUCAAUAUGUUAUACACUGCCAAAAUCAAGAGACAGGAUUCUAUAGUUAUUGCGGUUGUGUCUUUGAUUGGUCCCCCGGCUGGUUUAGUUUUAAACUUUGAAACUUGAUGGAUUCUACUCGCUUUCAGCCGUGUGGUUGAUGACUAAGAGGGUGGAACGACAGUGUUCAGUGCACUCUGUUCUUAGCAGUCUGUCAAAAUUUAGAGGAAGAAAAGGAAGCUCAUCUGCGAGGCGUCCUUGGAAUUGGAUAGAUUUUACUUUAACCUCACAAAUAUGUGAUUAACAGGGUUUGUUUUGUUUUGAAAUAAAUGCAAAAUAUCAAA